GUCGCGUGUUGGAUUUAACCGGAAAGGAGAUUCGGGACUAUAGCUAUUCGAAGCUGAAGCUUGUAAACGACAGUAACAAUGCUCUGCGUGCGAAGGUAAGUCAAUUAGAAGAGGCAUACGAGAAGCUGAGGGGUCGUUACGAUGCACUGAAACACGAAAACGUUGAAGGCAAUGCAAUCUGAAGAGUGGUCUACUAGGUAGAAGACAUGUUUCCAUCCAAACCAUGGACAGUGGCUUCCCAGCAGCGAAAUCUCAGGGAAGAAGAUGAUGCCGCUGCUGCCUUUGUUUUGCAUGGACACGCUGAAAAUGUGGAAGCUAUUGCUGAUGAUGUUUCUGAAGCGACCAACCGCAGAGAUGCCACAAUCUUACGCGGCUCCGCCAUUCCAAGCAAAGCUCCAACCCUUCCUCUAGAAAUCCUGGAUGUUGCAGUUGACUCAGAGGAGAACAACCCGCCGCAGCCACUGACAGCCCCAGUACUAAAAGGAAGGAGGCUCUUCCACUCGCCGGAUGGGCGAUGCAGUGGAUCAGCGCCGACAAAGCGUUCAAGAGCUGCUACUGCCUGCAGCACAACGCGGAAUGUUGGUAAGAAUAGGCCAAAGUUUAAAGCCACUCAUGACAUGGAUUUCAAUCGUCAGGAUACCCUCUUAUUCAACUAUUUAUUCUCGGAUGGACAUUCAGAUGAGUAUGUCAUGAUGAUUAUUUGCUUCAUUUGUUAUAUGGUUGAAUACAUGGUCAGGGUGCACACGACACUUGCAUUACUAAUGGCUCCAUUCAAUGAGGCAAUGCAUUGGAUUCCGAAGCCGAACUAG